AGGUAGACUCAUUAGCUUUGCACACGGCGACGACGGUUUAGAAAAGAUUGCGUUUGUUUAUAUGUAUGUAGAUAUUGAGUAGGUCAGUUUAGGUAUAAAAAUCAGUUUGUUUUCUCACCGAACAACAUUCACUCAACAGAGUUUGAGAAAAACACAAAGUAAGAGGAAUUUAUUUACUUAAAAAAAAGAGUAGCUAAGCAAAUAACUUACAAACGAAAUGGUCUGCAAACAAUGUAUAAACACCUGCAAAUGUACCUCCACCAAAUGUGGUGAUAAUUGUUGCUGUGAUAAGGAUUGCAAUUGCUGCUGCAAGAAUGGACCCAAGGAACAAUGCUGUGCCAACAGAAAUUGUUGCUGAGUUUGUUUAUACAGUUUAACAAAAAAGAAAAAUGUAUUUCUGUGCCAUGCUAUUAGUACUUAACAAUUAAAUACAAAAUUUA